UCAUAUAUGGACUAUAUGCAUAGAACUUUACGACAGCAGUUCGACAUGCCGUAAAGAGCGGCUAACGGGUUACCAAGGCAACCGACCUCGUGCAUAAAAAAGAGAACAUGUCUUCGUUACUAUUAGACUGGCCUGCACUGUUCCCGAGCGACUAGUAAAGCACCUCUGUUCAGCACAACUCUCUGAGUGGACAUUCUUCAAUAACAUUACAUGGUGUCAGAAGUCGGCGACAGACCUGCAGCUUCGGAUAAUGGCAAAGUUUAACCCCCCGGGAAGCUUUCCGUUCGACCGCCCGACGGAAUGGGCUGAUUGGAAGCAGCGGUUUCAGCGUUUUCGUGUGGCGACGAAAUUGAACAACGAGGACGGCGAGGUGCAAGUAAGCUCUUUGAUCUACGCUAUGGGCGCGGAGGCGGAGAAUAUUUUCAAGGCAUUCACUUUUGCGGAUGAAGCGGACAAGACGAAAUUCGACGUCGUGUUAGGAAAAUACGACGAAUACUUCUACCCGAAGAGGAAUGUUAUCCACGAGCGAGCGUGUUUCCACCAGAGAGUACAGCGGCCCGGUGAGAAAGUCGAAAUGUUUAUCCGAGCUUUGUACGAACUGUCGGAACAUUGUGACUUUGGGAUACACAGAGAGGAGCACAUCAGGGAUCGCAUCGUUGUGGGAAUAAUCGACAAAGAGAUGUCUCGUAAACUGCAGCUUGAGUCACAGCUCACACUAGCUCAGACCGUUCAGGCCGUACGGCAGUCUGAGGAGGUGACGAGGCAAGUGCACGAGCAAGGGGAGGCGUGCGCAGCGGUGCAGGAGGUCUCUCAUCCGAAAACUGCAUUCAGAGGGAAGCAGCAGUGGAAAAAUGAAAAGCAAGUGAAUGGGGAGCACACUGAACAAAAAUGUGGAAGAUGUGGUAAAAUUAAGCAUAGAGAACAAAGUAAAUGUCCAGCCAUGAAGUCUACAUGCAACAAGUGCAAAAAGGUGGGUCACUGGGAAAGAAUGUGCCACAGCAAGUCUAUCAAAGAAGUGACGGACGAGGAGACUGUUUCGCAGACACCAUAUUUCCUUGGGGCUGUCACAGACACUACCAGAGAGAGUGAUAAAUGGACUGUAGAAAUUGUCAUUGGAGCAACACCAGUUAAAUUUAAAAUUGAUACUGGAGCGGAUUUAAACAUCAUGGAGAAAGAGACAUUCGACAUGUUAGUCCCUGAAGAGAAACUUGUGCAGUCCAAUAUCCCCCCAAUGAAUAGCCCUGGUGGUCAGCUAAACUGUGUUGGAAAAUUCCAGGCAAAUGCAAAGUACAAAGGAAAGUACUAUUCAUUUCCAGUGUUUGUGAUCCACAGCCAGACGUCUAAUAACCUGCUAGGCAAAGAGACAGCAUGCGCAAUGGGACUAGUGAAACGCAUUGAGGAAGUGCACAAUGCAUUCGGCGAGCAUGGAACCCUUAAGACAGAGCCAGUCGAAAUAAAACUCAAAGAUAACGCAGAACCGUAUGCAGUUCACACAGCUCGUCGAGUCCCUCUGCCGCUUUUGGGUAAAGUAAAAGAGGAAUUGCAGCGUAUGGAGAAAUACAAGAUAAUUGAAAAAGUAACUGACCCAACAGACUGGUGCGCAAUGGUGCCUGUCCCAAGAAAAAAUGGCCAAGUGCGCAUCUGUGUGGAUUUGAAAAAACUAAAUGAAGCUGUGAAGAGAGAAAGAUUUGUCCUCCCAACUGCCGAGGAAAUCACUGCAAAACUGUGUGGAGCAACCACGUUUACGUCACUUGACGCGGCUCAUCAGGAUGCUUGGGGAACGCCGGCUGUCGUUACUGGUGACGGCGCGACUCCGAGAUCCUAUGUCAUCGAGACGCACAAGGGGGCGACUUUGAGACGCAACCGUCGCCACCUCCUGUGUGUGCCAGCUUCUUCUGGAGAUACUCCACCCCCACAGCUUCAACAUCCCCGGCCGGAAGCUACUGUCCAACGGACUGAAAUGCCACCAGACACCUUGGCUACUCCCAUAACGAGCUUGCCUCAGACGCAAGAUGGACAGCUAUUCACGCGGUCCGGCAGGCUGAGUAAACCAGUGAACAGACUGAAUCUGUGAGGGUGUACGAAGAACGCUGCCCAAACAGAUCUUAAUGUGUUGUGAAAAAAAAAAAAAAAAAAAAAAGAAAAAAAAAAUGUGUGUAAAACGUGAAAGUAGUCACUAGCUGAUUGUGUUGCUGCUUGUAUAUUCAAUAUGUUAAGGUAUUUUUGCACUGAGGAAAGUAAUUUUUGUUGUUCUGAAAUGUGA